CGAGCAUGUGCGUAUAGGAUAGUACUAGUCUUCACUAUGGCCAUGCCUCAGCCCCGGUUACAGUUCGCUCUGUUAGCCGCCUUCGGUACUUACCUCCUCCUGGUACCGACAGCGGUGUCUACAGCGGAGGGGGACACCAACAGGUUCCGGGAUCCAUCCAUGGUCCAGGAUAAAGGUCACCUGAAGGAGCACGUACAAGAGUUGACAGAGGAACAGAUCAGCCAGAUGUCACCUGAGGAACUGGAGUGGCACUUCUUCAAGUCCCACGACAGCGACAAGAACAUGAAGUUGGACGGUCUGGAGAUCAUGGCCGCCAUCGAACAUAGGUCUGAAUAUAACUAUCCUCCUGAUGACGAUGAACGGCUGGAGUACCACACAGGUUUGGUGGACCAGAUUCUAGAAGAAGAUGAUACAGAUAACGACGGGAUGAUGAGCUACAUCGAGUACGUCAUCUCAACGCGCAAGCACAGGGAGCAGAAUGUGAAGAGGAAUCAAGAAAACUCGGGAACAUCAUAAAUGGCGGAUAUGGAUGAAGAGUUGUAAACAUGUCAUUGUCGUCUUAUGUGAUCAUGACCAGACUAAAUACAUUGUUAUAACGUUUAAGCCAAAACUCGGGUAUUCAUACCAUUUUUUAAUGAGGACUGUCUGCAAAGAAUAAAGAGGUAGACCAGAACUUUGAUAUUCUAUACAUUGAAAUUGUCACAAACGAACAAACUUUCUUUGUCUGCUUUUCACUAUUUAUUUUUUUGACCUGUCACACUGCGAAUCGCACUCUUUGUACUGUGUAUUACUUGUAGUCUGUGAUAUCUAAAGUUCUUCGCGAACCACACAACAUGUAAUUCACUCUGAGAACUUGUUUAAACAACAAAGACCACGUAACGCGAGGCGUGCACGCCCCUUAAAAUGUAAUCCAAGAAAAAUUAAAUUUACAGCAUUAAUGCCAGGUACUACAGCUCAAUUACGUGAUAGUAUUUGUUGUAUAGAACUAAUGAUUAACUCUGAGUACACGUGUACUUCUGCAAUAGUUAUAUUCACUCUCACACGAAGCAAAUACAAUAGCGAACGGACAAAAGCGGCGGUAACUCAGUCCGUACAGUCAUGGCGAGGUUGUGGUCUUGUCUUGCAGUCUGUGUGACUCUACUUCUGGUGCAUAACGUGUUCGGCACUGAUAAUGAGAACAGGUUUCGGGAUCCGUCCAUGGUGCAGGACAAAAGUCACCUGAAGGAACACGUACAGGAGCUGACCCAGGAACAGAUCAACCAGAUGUCACCUGAGGAACUGGAGUUCCAUUUCUUCAAAUCUCACGACACUGAUCACAACUUGAAGCUGGACGGUUUAGAGAUCCUGGCGGCCAUUGAUCACCAGCACUCCCACAGACAGCCGGCCGAGCAACCCGUGCCCGAACAUGAGACUCCCGAACAGACACGAGCCAGGAGGUACCGAGAACAUCAGGAGAGACUCAACUUUCUAACAGGCAUGGUGGACAGGAUCCUGGAGCAGGAUGACACCGACGAUGACGGCAUGAUGAGCUACGUCGAGUACGUCAUCUCAAGACGCAGACAUGAAAAAGAUGCAAAAGCCUCACAACAGCAGCGGCAAAAGGAUCUGAAUGACCAGCUAAACCAAUAGGAGAGUUUUAUCUUUGAAAGGCUGGAAAAAAGCGGUUACCAAAUAGAAAAGCUGUUAGUAACUUCAAACCAGUUAGAAAACUAUUCAAAAGACGUUGUCUAAUGAUGUUAGACUUAGACCUAUAGAAAACAGUACGUUUUCUUAUAUUUAUUGUGCAUAGUGGAUACGUCAUGGAAAUAGAUAUGAUGGACGGUCGUUGACUCUAGAUACAGAGCGGUCUUAGAUACAGAAAUAAAGAAAAAUACGCUAACAUA